AUGGCCGUCGGAGAGGCGGCGAAUGGUUCGGAUGGACCGGCUGCAACAGAGCUGCCUGCCUUCUGCAGCUCGCUGCCCGACAGCGUGACGGCGCUGCUGCAGCUUGUGGAUGGUGUUUGGGCGGAGUCGGGGCAGAGAUCUGCCCGUUCCUCCUCCUCGUCGUCUUCCUCCUCCUCCUCCUCGAGAGGGAAGCCGGAGACACCCCCGGCUCCGGCCAUCAAUGUACCACCUCCGGGUCUGGAAUCGAACCCGCCGGAAAAGUUCGUUCGCCGGGUCUCGCGGCAGAGACUUCUGUUGCCUGAGCAGCAGCAGCGGCUGCAGUCUGUGCCCCAAAACUAUCAUUCGACACUGCGGGACAAGUUGCACACUACCAGCCCCAAGCGGUCCGUGACCAUCGCGGACCCCGAGGAGCCCGACUGGCCACAGGUGCCACAGCCUGCCAGAGGUCCUUAUGGCCUCACGCGCUCCUUUACCUUGGAGGCCCCCGUGCAGUCGAUGGAGUACAGCGCUCAGCAAGACCUGCAUCUGCAGCACAUGGCGCAACAACUCCAGCAACUUCAGCAGCUGCAGCAGAUGCAGAUGCAACAGGAGUACGAGCAACAGCAGCUGCUCCAAUACCAGCAGAUGCAAAUGCUUCGGCAGCAGAAGUUUCAUACAACCGGCCACUCUGGCAACUUCUUGCAGCCUGAGCGGCCCGUCGAGGAGCCCCGAAGCCGCCAGACGUCGAAGCAGAAGUCGCCUCAGAAUCAGUCGCGCGGCUUCACUGAGCCGGUGUCCAAGCCUUCGAAGCAGCGAGCUGCCGCCGCGCUGGCUGCCUCCGCCGCAUCCGCUGCUUCUGCUGCCUCUGCUGCCGCAACUGCCGCCGCCGCCGCUGCCACAGCUCCAACUCAAAGGCCCGUUCGGAAGACCAUGAAGGAGAUCGUGGCAGAGGUGACCACGCCGACAGACACCGAGGCAGAGUUCGAAAUGGAAGAAAAGGACGAGGAGAUCAUUGUGGGGCCGACGAUCCACGCAGUUCAGCCCUUGACCUUCGAGGACCUGUGGAUCGAGAGCUCGGUGCCCGGUGAGAAGUGUCCGGUUCGGAGUCGGUCCUCCGUGCUCUCAGUUUCGGACGUACUCCGCUUGCGACACACUCCGUCAGAAGCUCCGGAGCCCGUCCAAGUGCGCUCCUUCGGUUCUCUGGUGCACAGCUGCGAGACUCGCGCUCCAUGCAGGCCCUGUAUGUUCGAGCGGGUGCCUGGACGCUGCAAGAAGUCCUGGCUGUGCGAUUUCUGUCACCUCCACUCUGGCCGCAAGAAGAAGGGCUCUGAAGCGACCUUUGCCACCGGGGCUUGA